UCAGGUUUUUGUUCAAGAUGGAUGCAUUGAAUUUUUACGAUAAAAUACAGAAGCUCCUAUUGAAGAAAGAGAAAGAAUAUGGCCAACUGAAAUUUAUUUCGUCUCGAGCCACAGAGGAGACCUCAUGUUUCAUCGACAACCUGUUAGAAGAUGUUGCAGAUAUUGCUAAAAAAUGCAAUAUGUACAAUGUUAAAAUAUUCGUUGAAGACGACAGUUUUAAACCGUGUGAUGUCCCACAGUCCAUUAUUAUUAGUUACAAUCAUUUUGUAUUGAACACUAAUUUUUCUACACAGUACCUUCUCGCGGAGGACAUGCUACUUGGCCAUAUAGUCAAUUUCUGGCCUUCUCUAUCGCCGUAUCUCUUCAUACAGGUAAUAUGGCAUCUAAAGUGCGAGGACUUGCUGAUUGAAUCGCUUAUGCACUUACCGUUGGAUGUAUGCGUAGAUAUUUUGGAGAUAACGAUCAGAUGCAUAAACGAGCUGGAAAUUCUACGGGAGAGACGCUUUGUUUUCCUCCUGAUCUCUAAGUUGUACUACAAAUGUAUGUCGCUGCACGUAGGCACACUGUCAAAACGAGAUGUGGAGGAACUCGCCUGUCAAUUAGUAACGCAUUUUCAGGCAUUGCUAGACGUUGCCAGCUCCAAAUUUAUUCCCCCCAAGUCGUCUAACCAGGAAAAAUAUGUGCAACAUGGAAUUCUUCUAAAAUACGUGAUUCGCUGUAUCAAAAUGUGCAUGCGUUACAAGACUAAGGAUUUCCAGGAGAACAGUCAACCGUUCGUGCAACCGUUCAAGAUUACGUACGGCAAUCCCGACGGCUGUACGGAUUUCUUGUGUCAGCUUCCACUCGAUAAGGUAGAGUCCAUCGUAGAAACACUGAAUCAGGAAUUAGUUACCCUGCUUGAAGAUCAAAUCAAACAAGUUGAUUGUUUCGAGUUCAUGGAGUGGGCGGAAGUCGAUGAUGAGGAAAACACUAUGAUAUCCCUACAGCGCGCUGUUAUCAUCGAAUGCCGCUGUUUUAUGGAGUUUAUGAAGCGCGAUGAAUUUUUGUUAACGAACGAGCAUCUGCUCCACUGCUUACGGCAGCUUAUAGGUUCAAGCCAAUCCGAAGAGUCUGCUUUGACUCUUCAAGAACUCUGCGAUUGCAUUACGAACGGUAAAUUAGAUGAAGAAAUUGGUAUGAAGAAAUUAAUAAGGCGUUAUAAGGAAUGGGACCUAUCUGUAUUGAAUUUUGUCAGCAGAAAAACAAAAGCGUUAAAUGAGAAGGAUAUUGGUAUUCUAUUUGAAUAUCUUCGUUAUGUGUUUGGUACGCAUACGCACACUUAUGAAGAGAAGCAUAAAGCCUACAUAUUGGUAUUGAAGGUGUUGUUACAGAAACGCCUGCCAACUAUGUACCAUCUCGUACUGCAAUACACAUUGCGACAUUUUCACGAUAAUCGUUUAGAGUAUCUGUUCGAUAGCGAAAACUUCAAGAGGUUUAUAGAAAGUAACGUAAACAUGCACGAUCAGGAUAAAUUGCGUAUCAUUUUGAUUUUUGUUAUGUUGAAUCCGAAGGAAGUGUUAACCACUCUGGUGAGAGUCACAAUGGGCAGUACCGAGACAAAGUACCGAAAUGUUAUGUUCAAAAGGCCUCAGUUAGCUUAUCUACAUGCAUUUCUUACUUUGAAAUUGGACAAUCAAAAUAACUUGUUGACGUACCUUCUGAACGAUGCCUGGCAACAUGAUCACUCUACGUGGUGUUACAAGCAAUUUGAAGCUUUUAUGAAUGAUAUGCUUAAGAACAAGGCAAUCACUGCGGACGAUCUGCUAAAUAAUGUCUAUAUUCCCUGCCUGACCAGUGCCAUUUUCAAUUAUACGAACUUGCUAUCUGUACUGAUACACAUGUACUCUAUCCUGAGAAAGAAAAUCUGCACACAUAACACAAAUUAUGUACUGCUGAUCGUACAAUUAACCAAGAAGAUGUCGAUGAUAAGAAAAUGCAGUCCAAGAUACUUAAGGAACACAGUGAACAAUCUGUUGGACUAUGGAACGAUGAUAUUAAACUUUCUGUUCAUCACGCUGAAUCUGCCUCUAGACAAUCAGAACGAGAUAAUCUUUGUUAAUAACUUCGUGGAGCCAAUCGAUCAAGUAUUGCUGGUGCCUAAGUUACAGACAGUGCUGCGCGGCACCGUGCGGGAUGUGAUCCAGAACUACGAGAGACGAUGCUACGGCACGUAUCAAUUUUUGCGCGCGAAUCCGCAAUUCUGCGAACCCAAUAUGCGCGAUUACGUGCACUCCUUCCAAUUCGACCAGAGGCCGUUAUUGCGUCAUAUGAUGCUGCAUGCCACCGAGAAAGAAUACAUGACGUUCGCUAUCGAGAUGACGAUAGCAUCUUGCGCUUACUUUGGUUGGGCCAACGAAUUAAUGGCGUAUGAGAAUGUAUUGCACAUUACCACCGAGGCGAUGCAGCUUGCCUUAGUGUUCACAGACACCUUUCCCAGAGACACAUUCGUCUCGCUGUUGCGUGCCCUCGUGCAGUAUUGCGAUUUAUUCUCGCGCCUCAAGUACCGAAGAAAGCAAAGGGAACAAAUCUGUAAUGUUCUAUCGAAGAUUCUGUUCUCUCUGAAAAGUAUAGUCAGUAAGACGCAGUACGGCAAGAUAUACGAUAAUUUGCUCGAGUGCAUUAGUAACAUGUCCGACGAGUCAAAUUUUAAGGUUGAAAAAUACUUCAACAAUAUCAGCGAAUUGAUUGAGGUGUAUUUUGCACAAUCUGAAGAAAUCGAGGGUGGGACUUUAGAUAAAUCAGAAAACAGAAAUUCGUCGGAUUCCGCUUCAACUGAGGCAGUUGACAUGCUCAAGGCGUACCAAUUCGUGUGCAGAUGCAUUGAUAAUACUUUAUACAAAAGAAAAUACUUCGCAGCUACGGAACGUCGAGCAGAUCCGGAACCUCAUUCUUAGAAGAGUCGCUUCGAAUUAAGCAUGAGAAAAGUAUUUGCACAUCCCGUUUCUUGUGUUUCAAUCAGAAUAAACGUUUGCCUUAGUGUAUUGAUAUAUUGAAUAAAUCUUACGUGAAAUCGAAAAAAAAAGAUUGAAUAUGCACAAAUAUUUUAUAUUUUAAUUACCGUAUAAUAUCUGUAGUCGUUUUUCAUGGAUUACUUUUUAUAUUAAACUCUGUGUUUAAUUUGCAAAAUUAUAUAUUGUUGAUCGAAUGUUUUAAAAAUUCUAUAAAAUUUUUCUAGUGAUGAGGCCACUACUAAACUUGGAAAAUUUAUUUUCGUUAAAAUGAAAUUUUUGAAGUUUGUACGUGUUAUUGGAAAAAAAAGAAAAAUAUGAAUGUAUAUUUUACUAAAAUAUUUACCUUUUUUUUCAUGCUUCUCUGAAAUUUACAAGACAUUCAAUCAACUUCUCCUUAAUUAUUUUUCUAACUGAAUAUUAGUUUUCUUAUGAUAUACUUAUCGUUAAAUAUCGAUGUAAUAUAUGAAUCUGAUGCCACACACAAGAAACGGGAAAAAUUUUUUAGAGAAGUUUUCUGUCCAAUGAAUAGUAUUGUAACUGCAUUUGUAUAUUUUACAGUAAAACUGUGUGAAUCUUUAUUUACAAUAUUUUCCAAUGUUAUUUAAACGACAAACAUUGUAACAUCAAUAUAUAUAAUUUUAUGUUUUUUUCAGUGCUUUGUAUUUUUUUAAUUAACUGUUUCUAUGUUAAAAUGCUUCUGAAAAAAAAAAUUUUUUUUUUUCCAGAAAGAAUAAUCAUUGUACAAAUAAUUCUCCUGAAAAAUUGCAAUUUAAAUAUUACAGUUAUAAUACUUUUCAUCGCUUCCAUUUGUAUUUAUACCGACUUUUAUUUCUCUCAAGUGUUUAUUUUUGUGUGUCAACGUUAUGUGAUAUUUUAGAAAUAAUUUAGCAUUUUUCGAGAUAGAUAUGUAAGGAGUUGGAGACAAUAAAAUAUUUUUCUGAAUUGUGCAAAAAGACUGAUUCACAUUCGACGAUUUUUCCGUCAUAACGAGAAAAUCAUCUUGAUUUUUUAUUGUAAAUCGAACUUGAUUCUACCUCGUGAACAUAACGAAUAUAUACAUGUAAUAAGCGUUGGACUGACGAUCGAUUAAUAAAAUACACGUGCAAGAUACGAAAUAAAAUAUAAAAAAAUUUUAUUUAAAAUUAAAACGUAUAGCGAGCGUUAGCUUAAUUGAAUCUUUUUCCCUAAUCACAAAUGUGAGACUUUACCAUCGUAUAAACUAAAUUACGAAUAAUUCUCUAAUAAAUUCGAUCAUUACAACAGGAAUAUUAUUAUGUUGUAAACUUAAAAGUAAUAACUUUAAAUUGAUUUUCUGUAAAUGAUUUACAACACGAUUCGGAAAAACUGAUUUAAAGGGAAAUCGGUCGAAACUGCAAGAUUAUAAAUAUACGCUCUCUCUUUUGAGUCCGAAAAAAGAUGUAUACGCUGAUUUUUCGGCGCAGGAUAUCUAAUUGAUAGCAAGCUAUCGGUUUAAAAAUUCUAUAUUUGUGCCAAAUACCAUUGCUAUGAUGAAAAGUAAAACAAAAAAAAUUGCGAAGAAAGAAAAAAUGUGCAUUAUUUUAAAGACUAUUUAAAUCUCUUGUAAAAUUAAAACCUAAAUAUUAAAAAAUUAUCAGAUGGACAGAACCUAAAAGAGUCAAUUUCAAUGUUUUCACUAUACAUUUUUAAAUUCAAAACAAUAUCUCAGUAGCCUAGGAUAAAAAAAGAAACAGAAAAGA